ACCAGCUGCCAAUACACACAGAAUGACGCGUUUUUGUAUCCGUACAUACACCCACUUACCUCAGCUACAACCUUCCGGAGUAAAAUUAUUCGUUUGUUUAACUGAACAAAAACGUUAAUUCAGUUGUUGACAGUUGUUUUACACAUUCCGGUGCAUGAGCAGAUUGCGCACUGACCCUCUGUGAAAUUCGCUAUUCGCUGUGUUUAUCUUUUACGGGUAGUUAAUCUCUGUAGGGAUACGUAGUGCACCGCUGGUUAUGGCGGCGGUGAGUCUUGCGGGACCAUGAGAUGUCCGUAUUCACUGUUAUUCCGGUACUGGAUUGUGUAAAGAGACAGUGACAAUGGCUGGUGUUUUUGAUAUCGACCUGGAGGACAACGUGUCAGACGAGGAGCUCGCUGACGGGGCCAGGGGCAAUGAAUGCCUGGACCAGUGCAGUGGCUUUGAAUUUAUGGAAGACUGCGAGAAGUUCGAAAUCUCCGAGAACAGUGUGAAUCCAGGCACAGAGCAGAUUCGUCCAGAAUGUUUUGAGUUGCUUCGUGUUUUGGGUAAAGGAGGAUAUGGGAAGGUUUUUCAAGUUCGCAAGGUAACUGGGGCAGAUUCUGGGAAGAUAUUUGCCAUGAAGGUCUUGAAAAAGGCCAUGAUUGCUCGCAAUGCAAAGGACACCGCUCAUACUAAAGCAGAGAGGAGCAUCCUAGAGGAAGUUAAGCAUCCCUUCAUUGUGGACCUCAUAUACGCCUUUCAGACAGGAGGCAAACUUUACCUCAUCCUGGAGUACCUAAGCGGUGGAGAGCUGUUCAUGCAGCUGGAGAGGGAGGGGAUCUUUUUGGAGGACACAGCCUGCUUUUACCUGGCAGAGAUUUCCAUGGCCUUGGGUCAUCUUCAUCAGAAAGGCAUUAUUUACAGAGAUCUGAAGCCAGAGAACAUCAUGCUCCGUAACAAUGGUCACGUGAAGCUGACAGACUUUGGACUCUGUAAGGAGUCGAUCCACGACGGUACCGUCACACACAACUUCUGCGGAACCAUAGAGUACAUGGCACCAGAAAUCCUCAUGAGAAGCGGCCAUAACCGAGCUGUGGAUUGGUGGAGUCUGGGAGCCCUGAUGUAUGACAUGCUAACAGGAGCUCCGCCAUUCACCGCAGAGAAUCGGAAAAAAACCAUAGACAAAAUCCUAAAGUGCAAACUGAGCCUUCCACCUUACCUCACCCAAGAAGCACGGGACCUUCUAAAAAAGCUGCUGAGAAGAAAUGCAUCAACGAGGAUGGGAGCAGGUCCUAGAGAUGUUUUAGAUGUCCAGGCCCACUCCUUCUUCAGACACAUGAACUGGGAUGAUCUGCUGGCUUUUAAAGUUGAACCUCCCUUUAAGCCUUUUUUGCAAUCAGCAGAUGACGUUAGCCAGUUUGACUCCAAGUUCACUAGUCAGACUCCUGUGGACAGUCCCGACGACUCGACGCUCAGCGAAAGCGCCAACCAAGUCUUCCUGGGCUUUACGUACAUCGCUCCAUCUGUGCUCGAAAACAUCAAGGAGAAGUUCACUUUUGAACCAAAAUACCGUUCACCUCGCAAGCUUCUGGGAAGCCCAAGAACACCAGUGAGCCCUAUGAAGGGUGAAGGGGAAGACGGUUGGUCUCGGGGCCCACCCUUCCCAGAAGUGCCCACAACCACCGCCUCUCUCCUGCCUCCCACCGAUGCACCCAUGGAGGUGUCUAAUGUUGAGCAGAUGGACAAUUGCAGCAACAUGGAGGUGUCGGCCCCUCUCACCAUCAAAAAACCGCUGGGAUCCAACACUGGGUCCUUCAUGAAACCAGCUUACCCAGCGGGCGGCAGGAGACCCAAGAAUCUGAGGAUGAACCAUUGAUGAGUGCCUUAAGUUUUGUACUUCAGGGAUUUACCCCAAAGGCCUUUCUGCACCAGUUUCUGUCACUUAAACACUUGGAGCAUUAGUGUACAUCACACAAGCAUGCAGAGCUUGUCCUCUCUCUUCUCUGAAACAGAGAGACCACCUUACAAUUUACGUGACUCUGAGCAUGAAUUUCACAGAUUGUAUUCUAUAUGCCAUGCUCAUGCAAAACAUGAGGGAGAAUUCAUAGUAUCUUCUGUUGUAUAUUUGAAGUUGAGUUUGAGUCACUUAACUGUAUGAGGUUGGGAUAGCUAUAGUAUUAACAGUAUUUAAAUGAAUAGUUCACCCAAGAAAUAUCAAUUCUGUCAUGUACUCAACCUUAUGUCAUUCCAAACCUGUAUAACUUGCUUCCUUUUUUCUGUCAAACACAAAAUAUGAUUUUUUUUUUUUUUUUUUUUUUUUUUUUAAGUCCGAUUGACUUAUGUGGACAAAAACAAUUGAAUUAUGCUUCAAAAUGUCUUCUGUUGUGUUUCACAGAAAGUCAUCCAGGUUUGAAACAGCAUGAGGGUAAAUAAUGACAGAAUAUUAAUUGUUGGGUGGAUUGUCUUUUUAAAAUGGUGAGAGAAGAUUAAGGUCUACAUUCUUGAGGAAUCUGUCUGAUUUAUGAAAUAUUUGAUUCCUAAUUCAUAGUUGUUAGGACUCAUAGAAUCACUGGUGUAGGGCACCUGGAGAUCUACAGUCGUUUUAGUGAAACCUACCAACGAUAAACUAUGAAGUAAAAAAUAUAAGCUGAUUUUUUUUUUCAUGUUAAUUCAUUUGCUGUAUAUUCAUGAGACAGUAUUAGAUUACUUCAAGAAAUGAUUCUCUUAUUUUGGUUUGGUCUUGAUUACAUGUAAUAUUCAUACAUUAAGGUAUGUAUCUACCUGUGUUCUGGGCAUCAAAUCAAGC